UUGUCCCACGAAACCCCUCAGUCCAGUCAAGCAUGUCGCUUUUGCAGAGACUUCCACUGCCCAAAUACAGGAGGCUGCGAGGUCACCAAUGAGUUCACCGACCAGCAGAUAGAAGAGCUCCGUUCAAGCAAAAGAAAACAUGUCUCGUUGGACUCGGCUGCUGCUGCUGCUUCUUCUCCUGGUCUGCGAAGUUCAAGCGCAAGUGGAAAACCGGGUGAAUUUCCUGCCGGGAACCUUUCAGAACGUGAGCGUCUCCCGGAACGAGACGGUGCAGGCCGUGGUGUCCCGGAUCGCCUUGGACGUCGCCUACCUCACUCUGCAGUUCCACACGCAGCACCGCAACGCCACGCUGUCCUACACCAGGAUGCCAGGCCUGGGUCUCUCUCUGACGGCAGUGGACUCGGGGCUCCUGUCGGCUCUCCAGCCAACCCAAGCGGCCCUCUCCUUGUUUCUGUCUUCUCCUGAUGAGGACACAGUGGCGGGCAUCGGGGUCAUCCUGCAAUACUCCAGCACCGAUCCAGUCCCUGGAGCUUGUAACAUAGAGUUCAACCUAGACAUUGACCCAAACGUCUACAUCCACUACAACCUCUAUGAGACCACCAUCCGUUUUGCACCAGCAAACUUAGGAUACGAGAGGGGAGAAACUCCUCCGGCCUGCGACGAAUCGACAGAAGCCAACACGCGCUGGCGUCUGCGGUAUGAAAUCUACCAGUACUUCCUGCCGGAGAACGACCUAUCAGAGCGCAGCCUGUUCAGUGGCAUUCAGGCCGUGGCGGACAUCGAGGGCAUGAUGAAGAAUGGCAGACGGGUCAUGACGCUGUUAUCAUCAGAUCUGAGCAUGGCGUUGUUCAACUCUAUCCCCGGUCAGGGCGUCAUCUACUCGGUCAUCGUCAGAGACCCGCUGCUGAACACCUCGGCCUCCUACGUCCCCGUCCACACCUACGCCUGCAGCUUUGCUUCCACUCUGGACGGCUGUCAAACACUUGGAAAGAUAUCUACAAAGAUUUUCUUCACCAUUGCUGGCUUGGCAGGCCUGUUUGUCUGCUUCUUUGGGCAUCGAUUCUUUAAAUGUGAGUUGUUCUGCAUGGGAUUCAGCUUUGCAAUGUUUUUCUUCUUUGUGCUGAUCACAAGGACCACAGAGCUGGACUUUGACAUCUGUCUGGCCGUGUCAGCGGUGAUCGGCGUGGUGGGCGGGGUCCUCCUGGUGAUGAGCUGGUGGCGUUUCGGUUCGGUCAUGGCGUGCAUCGUCGUGGUUGGACUGAUGCUUGGCUUCCUCGUCGCCUCCACGGUCCUCUUCACUCCUCUCGGUGACCUCGAUGUGCUCAGACGCUCAGAUGCCGUUUUCUGGGUGACGUUCAGCUGCAUCAUGAUCAUUGUUCCGCUGCUCUUCGUGCGUUGGCCCAGAGAGGGAAACAUCGUCACGUGCGGCGCCGUCGGGGCUUACGCCGUGAUUCUGGCCGUCAACGCCUACAUCUACACCAGCCUGUCCUUCAUCACACUGAACAUCCUCAAACGCUUCCUCAACAACAACUUCAGUGCCGUGUUCACUGACGUGCCCUUCCAAGUGAUAGACUACGUCAUGAUCACAGUGUGGGUGGUGCUCGGCGUCUGCGGCAUGGUCUUGCAGCUGUACCGAGAGCGCACCCGCCCGUUCUUCCCGCCCAGCCCGUACCUCAUGUGGCUGCAGGAUCGCGAGCGCCGCAAGACCAACGUCCUCGACCCGAGCCACCACUUCCCCCCGCUGCCCAACCGCCUCCUGGCCCGAAUGCGGCAGUUAACCAAGAGGAUGGAGCCGGCCGGAGAGCACACGCCUCUGCUCCUGUAGACCUCGGACGCCGUCGCCGUCUCUGUCCGAAAGACAGUCCGGGUCUGAACCGGAGAGGAAAAGAUCCCUGUGAUGCACUUUUCACUGGAGAGAUCUGGGUGAUCUGGAGGAAUAAUGUCCUUCAUAACUGGCGCUGGACCUGUGACCCCAGAUCAGCUGACUGAAAGACGGUCUCAGUAGGAAUGCAUCGUAAAAGACACAGAGGGGUCAUACCACUGACACUCUGCUGGUGGAUUUUUUAAAUCCCAAAAAAGGUUUUUGUACAAAGACUUUCACCUUUUUUCCUGAAUGCCACUUUUAUUUAACACUUAAAUGACAUUUGAACAAAUCACUGAAACUGUUCUUGAAGAUGAGUCUAAAAUGUAGCUAUUGAUGCUUUUCGGUGUCUGUUACUUCUUGCACUAAAGUCACAAACUACUAACAUUAAGCAAAGCGAGGCAUUUUACCAGUUGGAUUUAUACAACAAUAUUGUUCUCAAAGCAACAAAAUAUUUAAUUAACUUUUUGAUGCUUAGCUGGCAUCUAAACAUCCAUUCAGAGGUUUGUUGUAGUUUAGUUUAAAACUACACCUUCAGCACAGAUUUUUAAUGAAGAGUACUGUUUAGUUAAAAUUUUAAACAACAUUUUUUUAAACAACAAAUUUUUAACAGGUCAAGUUCAUGUGAUGAUUUGAUGUUUUAAACUCUUACUGUCCAGUUUAAACCUUCAAAGUCCUGCUGGGGUCACGCAGGUCAGUAAACAGUGGAGUAGAAGCAGACAAACAGGCCUGCCAAGCCAGCAAUGGUGAAGAAAAUCUUUGUAGAUAUCUUUCCUGAAGAUAAGCCGAAAACAAAAACUGACGGACUGAAUAAAUAUUGCCCAGUUUUUACUUGUUUGCAUUUACACAGAAUAAGAGAAAAACACUAUUUUUCUCUGCAUUCACUGUGUCAGAAUAGAUUGGUUUAACCUCUUGCUCUCAUGCGUGUCUUUGUUUGGACCUAACUUUGCAGUCCGGUCCUUUUUGUUAUUUGCACACUGGAUUUUAAUGUACUGGCUGUAAGGGUGCUGAUUGAUUAUCUGUUAAAUCUGUGGACGUCUUUAAACUGCCGCCUGUGUGCCGUGACUUUUCUCAGGGUUUCACACUCAGCUUUCAGACCACAAUGCACCGAGACCAGACCUGGUCUUCAAGCCUCUAAAAAUGCCUGUAAGUAUUUUAUUUAGCAUUUUUUUCAGUCUGUGGACUUUUUAAAAUGAAAAAUCCAAAACAAUAUGCAGACAUGUUUAUGAAAAAUGAGGUGUAUAGUUAUUUCCUUUCCUCAGCAUUUGGAGGAAAAACCAAACAGCAUUCGACCGCAGCCCAGGGCCCUGACAUCGAGGCAGAUAAAUGAAAUACAGCAAUGAUUCCCUUAAUCAUUUACAACUAUGUUUCUACUGUGACAUGUCAACAUGUCCCAUGUAUUAACUUCCUCUUGCCUUGGAGGUUGGUGUCCAGAAAACAAAUCAUUUAAUAAACAGCUGAUGCCAAUUAAGCAAAUGGGUGGACCUCUCUGUUGUGCUGACAUUAACUACUGUUGAAAGAAGCACGGUGAUACUUAAAUAAAUUCACUUUUGUCCUCCACCGUUCCGUGUUUGACUUGUAGAAAUGAAAUGAAUGAAAAAAAGAUUGUCUUGUAUGUUAAAAAGAGUACAUUAUUCCUCUCUUACCACAUUCAACCACCCACACU